GGCUCUGAUACCACUGAAAGGUAACCAUGCAAGGAUAGGCAGCGGAAUAUAACAAUUUUAACAUCCUAACAUGAUUAUCUUGCCCAGAAUCACGUACUAAAACUUAUAGUGAGUAAGAAAUUUAUACCUUUCUCCGUAAGCGUCAUAUUUUUUGAACUUAUUUCGGUUUCCACUCCUUCCCUAUAUAUACACACCUUGUUUUAUCAUUCCUAAUCACAAAUUCACAACCCAAAUUCAAUCUCCUAAUCAAAUUUUAUUAUUUGUUCUUCAUAAACGCUGUCAUGGCCGGAGGAAAGAAGACAAAGGCUUCGAAGAAGAAGGUCACCACCGAGGCUACGUCAUCUGUGCCUCAACCCUUCCCAUAUCUCGACGGAUCCUUCUUGGAGUUCGGGUCAGAAGAGCAACUCACACGCUUCAUCACCCACUUCGCCAAACGCCCUAUCUCUCCGCCAAGAGUGCUGCCUGAGCUAUACCCUCAACAAAAGGGGUACCACGACCUCGACAAUCAACUCAAAGAGUCGGGUCUGUGGCCGUUCGUCUCCAGAAGCCGUCAAUCCUACAAUCCCGCCUACGUCCGGGCUUUCUACUCAAAUCUCCGCUGGGACGGGGACACCAUUCGCAGUAGCAUCAAUCUCUACGACAUAGAGAUUGAUUUGGCUACCUUUGCUCGGGUCGCAGGGCUGCCCACCCGCGGUGAUGACAUCGCAACAUAUGGCGGCGAUGAUUGGAUCCUCAACAACGAGGCGGUGGUCAUCCGAGAGCUGGGAAUCACCAACCUCGUCCGUGACAGCGGCACACCAACCAUUCACUCAGCCCCGCCGGAGAAGCGUCUUCUACUCUACAUCCUCACCCGGAUUCUUCGCCCUCGGGAUGGUAGCCACACCUGUCUCUUCAACGAGGAUCUCAAGGGCGUUCAUGCUAUCACCCAUGGCGCCUCGAUCAAUUGGGCAAAAUACGUCAUGAUUCACAUGGCGGAUUGCGUCUCCAUCACCAACGAGAGGAGUUUGCCAUACGUCUUUCUCGUCAUGGAUCUCAUCGGUGCCUCCGACAUUCACAUCGCCGGCCCAGAUACGAAGAUGACGAAGCUUUGGAUCAUCCAAGACAGCACCUUCCGGAAGAAGUCCGGUGACGGAACAGGCGUCGGACCGAGUCGUGCCCGUGCCCCUGCCCCCGCUCCCGCUCGGGCCUCACUGCAGUCCAUAGCCGAUACCCUGAAUCGGCUAACCAUCACCGUGGAUGGCAUGGGCCAGUACCUGGAGAGGAUGGACUGGUCGAUACAACGCCAACGCCACGACAUGAGGGCGUACUUCCGCGGCAUCAACUACGUCCCGCCGCCCUUUGAUAGCACCUUCCUCGGCCAAAACUAUGAAGGCGAAGAUGAGGAGGAUGACUCAUAUGCUCCGUAUUCCUCCCCCGAUGAGGCCGACUUUGAGGACGCCGUCGAAGGGGAUCCCAUGGACGUUGAGGACGACGAAGAAGACGAUAACGCGGAGAACGAGGACGCCGAUGCUUAGACUCUUCCUUCUCUCCUUUCCCUACUUUAAUU